GCUCGCGACAAAGGGAUAGCGAAACAUGUCAAUCGUGGGGCUUUUGGGUAAAUAAGGUAUACACCAAGUAAGCGAAAAAAGUUGAUGUUCUAGCGAUAAAAGAGGUCUGGAAUUUUUCUAGAUCUCCAGGCAGUGAGUGGGAAAUGUUAAAUUCUGGCGGAUUAACCGAAAGUAGCGAAGCUUGGCAGCAGAGGCGAGCAAGGUAUAACCCCAGCGGUGAGGGGAUGAAUUCCCCGCCCGGUGUCUCGUUUUUCAGGGAGGGACCCCCCAGCAUGCUCCCUAACGUUUAUACCUCUCCUCCUCGCUCGUCUAAUGCAACGUUUUAUCAGCAUCACCGAUUCCCACCGCAGCCACCACAAUACGGCUCCCAGCAUGGGGGGCCGCGACAAGCACCGCCCAAUGUUACUGUUGAUACGAUGUUUUCACCUCCGGUUGGAUCAAAUGCUGUGAUGAAGAACAACCCCCAACAGAAUAACCAAAACAUGGAAUUCGGAUUCAAACCAGGAUUAGAUGAAGGCUCGUGGAAUUCCAAUAACCCUCCAGGCUCCUUUGACAGACAGAUGUAUGACCAAAACUUCAACGGCCAAACUGACAACAUGCACCCUUUCUCCAACGAAGUUCCAAACUUAAUCAAUAGCAAGACCCAAGAUAUGCCUUACAGGACACCUAUACCUGGUUCUCAGGGAAUGAUGGGAAACAACGUUCCAAUGUCUCCUGACUCCCUCUCUCCUGGUGCAAAAUCCCCGUACUUCUACAAGCAGCAGCAAGAUAUGUCUAUAAAAGGUCGUCGUGGUAGUACUCAUGGUGCUUCAGGUAAAAGGUCAAAGAUGUACCCCUCUAGUCCCGAGGAGUACAGUGAAUCUGGUAAUCGAUACCACACGUCACCCAACCCAAUGUUCUCCAAGGACUCUUAUUACAUGCCAGAUGGGCCUGGUCACAACACCCCUGACCCAUGGUCAGCCACCAACGGACUUCCUCCCUCUUCCACAUAUCCCUCAAUGUUGCCAGGCAACAGUCAUCACUCUCAAGCAUAUCCCAACAUGCAUCACUCCCACGACAUGGUAAGGUCCUCCCCCGCUGGCCCCGGGGGGCCAGAGGUGCGCCACUCCCCCGGGGUGAUGGUGGCCCAGUGGUUGGGGAACAGUCCGUCUUCCUCCGCCCCCUCCAGGCACCCCCCUCAACAGGGUUACCCCACCGUUCCCCCCUCACAGCAGGAUAACCUGGGUCUACCACCCAUGUCAACAUUCCGGCCAGGCACCACCAUCCCGACCACCACAUACUCCUCACCCUCACCAACCGUCAACGGCGGCGGCGCCCAGGGGUCCCAGACAGGGGACGCCAUCAACAAAGCUCUCGCAUCUAUAUAUUCGCCAACAGAUCAUACAAAUAGUAGCUAUGGUUCAAAUCCCUCCACACCUGUUUCAUCUCCACCCCCAGGAUCAUCAAGCCAGUGGCAGAGGCCUACUACACAAUCUUCUACCUCGCCCCACUUUGAAGGGGGGAACCCCCUCCAUUCUCUGCAAAGUCGUAUGGAGGAGAGACUGGAUGAUGCUAUUCACGUUUUACGUCACCACGCGGGAGAACCACAGAUGGCGGGCCUGGCUGCAGCGGCAGCAGCAGCAGCAGCAGGUGGGGGCCACCAAAACCUGUCCAUGAUGCACUCUGGUGGUAACCACCCGAAUGGCAUGAGUGGCAUGUCCAGUUACCCAGGGAUUGGAUUGUCAGGUCAUGUGGACCAAAUGGGGAGUCACCACAGUAUGUCUGAGAAUUCAGAGCCCAAAAAUUUAGAUGGUGCUUCCUCAGAGAAAAAUAACUUGGCUCUGAAGGAGGAGAAACUGGACAAGAUUGACGGGGACUCAAACAAGGGGGACAGCUCCGGGGAGGGGUCAAAGAGCAACGUGACCUCACCAGGGGGCAGCAAUGGGCCCCCCAGUAAGAGAUCACGAAGGAGUGAACCCAACGACGAGGACGAAUCACCCGAGACCAAGGCCGAGCGGGAGAAAGUUCGACGUCAAGCCAACAACGCCAGAGAAAGGAUUCGGGUGAGAGAUAUAAAUGACGCGUUCAAAGAACUGGGGCAGAUGGUGGCAUUGCAUUCUGGGACCAGUCAACCAUUAACCAAGCUGAUGAUCUUGCAACAUGCCGUAAAUGUAAUUACCUCCCUUGAGCACCAAGUGAGAGAGAGGAAUCUCAAUCCCAAGGCAGCAUGUCUAAAACGUAGGGAAGAAGAGAAGACAGAGGAACUUCCAGGAAGUCGAGGGAUGACGACCGAAGACCUCGCCGCCCAGCAAGCGGCUCUAUCAGGGUCUGCCUCUUUGAGUCAGAUGACAUCAUGUGGUGGGAGGGUAGGGGGUAUAUCCAUGAACAAUAACCCUGCCAGCAGACACAGUGCAUUUCCUUACCUGUCUGGGGGUCAGGAAAACAGCCCCUACAUGAUGGGGGAAUCCCACAUGAAAUAUUCUGACAAUAAGUGUGCUAAGUCUAUGGAUUCAGAGAUGGGCAUGAACAAUAUGGGACUGACGUCAAGCGGCAUGGACCACUGCUCCAAUGAUAUGGGGAUGUUGUCCCGAAUGUCCUCCGAUCAGGGGAACCCCUCGUGUUAACCAGAGGAAGAAAGACCAAAAAAAGCAAUAAAAAUGUGUGUGCUGCUGUUGAGAUUUUAAGAAAGGGAGCUAACUGUUGCUAUGUUGGACGGAGUUAUCUCCCUUCCUUUUGGGACUAAAAUCUGAGGUUACAUGAAGACGAUAAGUAAAUUGUAACUAGAUGAUUCUGUUUUGGUGACAUUUUGUAGAAUCUCAACAGAGACGGGGAAGAGAAACUUUUUUUUUGUAUAUUUUACUGUUGAUCAGGAAUGCCAGUGACAUUUAUUUUUAAUUAUGUUUUUAUCUUAUAUGUAUCGGUUGCCAUAGAAACAAAUUGUUUUUUUGAAUGAUUCAAAAUAGGAGUAUGAUUUUCCAUAUGCCUAAUCUUUUGUCGGAGGGUGAAAAAAUAAAAAAGAUUUUUUUGUGAACAUUCAAGGUAAAUUUUUUUGGUCCUUUUUAUUUUGGCUUUUUAAAAAAAUUUUGUUCAAGAAUUUAUUGCUUAAUUAUGAAUGAGCCUGAUUCAAGGGUUUUCAAGUCUUCCUCAGUGCUGGUUUUUUAGUAAAAAGGGGAAAAAUUUAAUGCUAAAAUUGUAUUUAAGUUGCAGCCUCCUUAUAUACGGAAGUUGCUUCAUUCAGAAAAUAAAAAACUAAAAAUGGUUGUGAAAAGAAUCAGAUUCAAUAUUGAUUUUGAUCUUGGUUGUGUUUUAAAUAAGGUAUUUCAGUGAACGUACCGGUAAAACAAUGUAGACCUGUACAGUUAUUAUUUUUUUUGUUCAAGAAUAUAUUUCCUAGCAUUAAAUUGAGCCAAAACUAAUGGUUUUUGAUGAGCAAUAUUUGUCACACGUGCUGUGACGCUGUAUGAACCUAUUUUUUAACUUGGUGCAUUUUGAGUGUUUAUAAUAUUGACAUUGUACAUAGUUCAUUCAUUUCCACACACUUUUGCAUGAGAAAUUCUUCAAGCCAAGUUUUUUUGUUUUAAAAAAAAAACCCAAUCUAAUUAAAUUGACAAUGAUUAUCAUGAAAAAAGAUGAGUAGUUUUCCAAAUUUUGCAUUUUAGAAUACAAAUAUGGCCAAAUACAUUUUGAUCGAAAUUUUACUUUUUCUUUCUUUUCCUAAAUUUUCAUUUGGAAUCAGUUGUUAGGUUGAAGAGUGGGUAUUUAUCAGCUGAUUGCCAUGUUCAUGGUCUGAUUUAUCCCCCUUGUAUAAAUGUACAUAGCACCUUAAGAAUUGUUACAUAUACAAGCCAGUGCCUGUCUUAGCUAGGACAAUAAGAGUUACCUCCCUUUUAUGAAUAAAAAAAAGUAAAAUAGCUAUGCUGUUGUGUUGGUGAAAGGGAAGGUAAAUUGUUUUGGAGUCUCUAGUUAUUGCAUUAUGUAUUGAAUGAUUAUUAUAUAAUUAAAUAUAUUUAUGUCAAAAAGAAUCUUCCAUGUUUUCAUCCGUGUGCAAGUUGAUGACCCAUUUUUUAAGAAUGAUUUUUUUUUUUCUCUUUUCCCUAUUUUAUGAACAUGAAUAUUUUGUUAUAAAGCCAAAGGUUGCUGAUAAAUGCUUUAUAUAUGUAUACAGCCACUUCCAAAUAUUGAAAAUAAUAAGUUUUUAGGGAGAUGUAUGUUACCAUUGGAUCACCAUUGUGGAGUUUCUUUAAGGGUUGAUGAAUAAUUGGUGUUUUUGUCGGAAAAUCAAUUUUUUUCUACAUACCAACCCUUUUGAUGUUACCUAGUAUCAAUUUUGAACAAUAUCAUAUAUUUUCUCUUGUUUUUCAAAUAUUGAUUGAUAAGUUUUUGUAAUGAUGUUAUUUUGGAUCUGAUUGGUUGAUUUUUUAAACAGUCAUUGAUCUGAUUGGCUAAAAAUUGUGAAAUUUAAUUAAAAAAUCUGAACAAGGUUGUUUAAAUCAUGUUGUGUUACCUUACGGUAUUUUUUGCUUAGGUGCAAUUGACAGAUUCUUUAGAGUAAAUUAAUUAAUGAGUGAUAAAUAUUUAUUGAAAUGCUUUGUCAGUGGCCUUACAGUAAAAUGUCUUGCUAGCAAGAAUGACAUGUAUGUAUAUAUAUAUAAAAAAUUAUUUUAAUAGCUUUUGGGGAGAUAAUGCCACUAUUUGACUUGGUCAUUGACAGUUGUCUUAAAAAGACAAUUUAUUAUGUAACAGUCAUUGAAUUUGUACUCCCAAUAAUUUUACGAUGGAAACACCAAAGUCUACCAAAAAAAAAAUCUACAUGUAUACUUCGAAAAAUAAACAUAGAUUGUAUGAACAAAAAAUUUUUUUUGUCUCUAAUUUUUGUUUAUAAAGAAUAAAACCAUGACUUUUUUCUUGUUAGAAUUUUUUUUCAUAUCAUUUUUAGAGAUAACAUUUAUAUAUAUUUAGUAUAGACCAUCAUAAUCACAAUCAGUUUUUUAUAUAUAAAUACAAGAUGGUGGUGACAUUUUUUUUUCUUCUGUUGGGGAGCGGAUUUUGUUGAAAUGUUAGAUCCGUGCCUGUUGACCUUUCACCCCUAUCACUGCCAUUAGAAUGUAGUAUGAUUUGAUCAUUGUGUAUGCCAGGUCAUUUUCUGUCUUAACUCUGCUGAAUGAGAAAGUAAUAAAUUACAAACUGCAAUAAA